AUGCAGGGUGGCCAGAUCUUUGUUUACGGCACCCUCAUGGCCGACGAGGUGCUGAAGCUGCUGCUGAAGCGCGUGCCGCCCAGCAAGCCCGCCACAUUGGCCGGCCACCGGCGCUACGCGAUCAGGGGACAGGUGUUCCCCGCAAUCGUGCCAGCGGAGCCGGAGGCGAGCGUUCGCGGCAAGGUCUUACUGCAGCUCACCAAUAAGGAAUUGGAGAUCCUAGAUGUGUACGAAUCCGAGGAGUACUUCCGGGCCAAGGUGGCACCUGCGUUCGACGACGGCACAACCGUCGAUGCUGAUGUGUACAUCUGGAGGGACACGUACAGGGACCAACUGCUGCCAGAGGGGUGGGAUUACGAGCAGUUCCUCGGACGUGACCUGGAGUCAUACCUCGAAAUGACCACCGAAUUCAUGAAAGAGUACUUUGGCUCCGAGCCGCCCCCCGCGGCGUCCGUUGUCACCGAGUGA